AUGCGCAACCUCAAGGGCGUGCGUCUCCAAGAGACGCAAGUGGAAGGCGACCUUCCCUUGACAGCAACUGCCUGGGAUAUCUCGUCUGACUCGAUUGUUUGCGCCUUUGGUCCUGCAGAGCACAACCCGAUCAUCGAGCUGCGGAGGAAGCGCCCCGAAGUCACUGCCGCGGACCCUUUGAGCCGCGAUGUGCUCGAGUGCAUCGCCUCCUGGGAUGCCCCGAGCCCCUUGCCUGAUCUUGCGUGUGAUCGAGUACUUUCUCUGCACUACUUCGCAGACAAUCUGACGGCAUGCCUGGUCCUAGAGGGCGGCGAUAUUAUCAUUGUUCGGGAGGAGCCUCUCCCAGGAGAGGAUAAAAUCGAGAUUCUUGGCUCAGUGGAUGUCGGAAUCACUGCUGCUGCAUGGUCUCCGGACGAGGAGCUCCUGGCCAUCACAACCAGAGCCCGCACAUUCCUGUACAUGACACGGGAGUUCGAAAACGUGGCCGAGAUUACUUUUACCGAAGCCGAUCUGCAAGCUUCGCAGCAUGUGUCCGUUGGAUGGGGUAAAAAAGAGACCCAGUUUCAAGGUAAAAGAGCCAAGGCUAUGCGAGAUCCGACUGUGCCCGAGAAGAUUGACGAAGGCAAACUGAGCAGCAACGACGAUGGCAGUACAACAAUCAGCUGGCGAGGCGAUGGCGCUUAUGUUGCAGUGAACACCAUUGAAGAGGGCAUUCGCCGCGUCAUCCGCGUGUACUCCAGAGAAGGUACCCUUGAUAGUGUGAGCGAGCCUGUGGAUGGACUCGAGGGUGCUCUGAGCUGGCGUCCAUACGGCAAUCUCAUUGCCGGAAUCCAACGACAGGACGACCGUAUUGAUGUCAUAUUCUUUGAGAGGAACGGCUUGCGCCACGGUCAAUUCACGCUUCGUCUGACCGAGAAGGAACGUCAAUCCUGGGCGUCACAGAUCCAGCUUUCAUGGAACAUCGACUCUACAGUGCUUGCCGUGCGAUUCAAAGAUCGAGUUCAGCUGUGGACAACGGGAAACUAUCACUACUACCUGAAGCAAGAGAUACCCAUCGUUAUCGACCCUGCAUGUUCGCUCCCAUUUUCCUUUGAGUGGCAUCAGGAGAAGGCACUGCGUCUGGUUUCCGGAUCCUCUGGUUCUAUCCUUGAUGUCGACUAUGUAUUCGACAUUGACCAUGGUUCCACUGCAAUUCCUGAUGAUGUCGGCGCUGUGGCUGUGAUUGAUGGAAAGACCCUGAAGCUUACUCCGCUCCGGCUGGCUGGCGUGCCGCCUCCAAUGGCACAUAACGAGCUGAAGCUGGACUCGAAUGUUGUCGAUGUCGCAUUCAGCAAGUCCGGUACCCGUAUAGCAGUGUUGAUGGAAAAGAGCUUUUCUGUCUUCUUGUGGUCUCUGAAGAGCCGCCCGGUUCCAGUGCCGAUUCUCGAGUCAAGCUAUCCUCUUUCAGCUGCACCCACUAGUCGUCCCAGACAGGUUGCAUUCCUGAAUGAAACAGAGGUGUACAUUCUCAAGGAUAGCGCUCCCGGCAUCAGCCACAUUGAGCGCACGACAUUGGAGACUCGAGAGACUCGAGUUGUGUACGAGGCGCGGGAGCCUGAGCAACUGUCCUCCAUCUUUGCUGGAGUAGGCUAUCCGGCUCUUUGGUUCUCGCAUGCUCGUCAGCCCAGCCUCCCUGUCAGCUAUUCAAGCGUCAAUUAUGUGGCUGCAGACCAGGCUGAAAUUACACUUUGGAGUGAGAGCCCUAAUGUUGACACACAUUGGGCUCGCGUAGUGUCGAUUUCUGAUGAAGAGCGCCUUCUGAUAACCAUGACGAGGACUGGCACUUUAUACGCGAACAAGCGGGUGCUUGCCAAAAAUUGCACAUCAUUCUUGGUGACCCCAGCCCAUCUUCUGUUCACCACGUCUCAGCAUUUGCUGAAAUUUGUGCACUUGAAUCGCGUAGACGAUAUGGAGGUCCCGGAGGACGCCCCGGAGACCGACGAGAGAUGCAGAAGCAUCGAGCGCGGAUCAAAGCUGGUAUCUGUCAUGCCGUCUAUCUUUGCUGUUGUUCUCCAGGCACCCCGGGGCAACAUCGAGACCAUCUUCCCGCGUGCGCUGGUCUUGGCUGGUAUUCGUACAUUUAUUGACCGGAAGAACUACCGAGCUGCUUUCCUCGCCUGUCGCAGCCAAAUGGUGGACAUGAACAUCCUUCACGACUACGCUCCUCAGCAAUUCAUGGAAAACGUCCAGCUGUUUAUUGAACAAGUCAAGAAAAUUGAGUUCAUUGAUGACUUCCUCUCUCGUUUGAAGGAGGAGGAUGUUUCACAAACCCUAUAUAAAGAUACCCUCAAGAUCUCCAGGAACGAGUCUGCUGUUGUUGCCCAGCCCGACAGUCCCUCCAUGCCGUUACUCCCUAAGCUCCCUGGCAAAACUAGCAAGGUCAACGCUAUCUGUGAUGCCUUCCUGGCAGUUCUUCAGAAUCUCCUGGACACCAACUUGCAGAAUCUUGUCACAGCACACGUAUGCAAGGAACCCCCUGAUCUCCAGGCCGGCCUCGAACUCGUCGCGAACCUCAGAACACACAAUUCCGAGCAAGCACAGGAUGCAAUCGAGCACAUGUGCUUCUUGACUGACGCCAACCGACUUUACUCGCAUGCAUUGGGACUGUACGAUCUUGAACUCACUCUUCUGGUAGCCCAGCAAGCACAAAUGGACCCCAGGGAAUAUCUUCCGUUCCUCCGGAAGCUGCAGCAACUCCCCGAGAUCCGACGCCAGUUCGAGAUUGACAACCAUCUUUCUCGAUUCAACAAGGCUCUGAAGCAUCUAUUCACCCUCGGCGCCCAUGAAGAGAUCCGGGCCUAUGUCACCAGGCAUAUCUUGUAUAAGGAAGCCCUCGAAAUCUACAAGUAUCAACCAGAGCAGCUGAGGGAGAUUACGCAUCUCUACGCAGACUACCUUCAGAACGAUUCGAAACACAAGGAUGCCGCAAUUGCUUAUGAAUCCCUUUCAAUCUACGACGAGGCAUACAAAUGCUACAACCUCGCCCACAUGUGGCGCGAGUCAUUGUAUUGCGCCAUGAUGGCUUCUUUGCCCGAGCAAGAACUUACUGCUUUCAUUACGGAACUCGCCACGACCCUGGUCGAUGAAACCCGGGACUACGUGUCGGCCGCAACCAUCUAUGCGGAGCAUCUGCACGACAUUGUCACUGCUGCACGGCUUCUGUGCCAGGGCUCAAAGUUCGCCGAUGCCGCCCGCCUCCUGACCCUCCACGGCAAAAAGGACCUGGUCGAAGAGAUUGUCGACACCGGCCUGGCAGAGGCCAUGGGCUCAAUGACUGACCUCCUGGCGGACUGCAAGUCCCAGCUGAAUGCGCAAGUCCCACGAGUCCGGGAACUCCGGCAGCUCCGAGCAGCCGACCCGCUCGCCUUCUACGGAGGCGAUCCAACGGGCGGCGAAGGUGGAGCUGAUAUCCCAGAUAACGUGUCGCUCGCACCAACAGAGGCAACGACCUUGGCCGGCCGCACCAUGUUCACCCGGUACACCGGAAAGACAUCCUCUUCCCGCGUGACAUCUCGCACGCGCCGACGAGAGGAGCGCAAGCGCGCGAAGGGCAAAAAGGGUACAGUCUACGAGGAAGAAUACUUGGUCAACAGUAUUCGGCGUCUCAUCGAGCGCAUCAACUCGACCAUGGCCGAGGCUGAGGCGCUGGUGGACGCCCUCCUGCGCCGGGGUAUGCGUGAGCGCGCAGCUGCAGUUGAGAAGGCGCUGGCAGAUGUUGUGACAAUGUGUGCGGACUGCCGCGACGACGUGUUUGAAAUCGCCCAGGUCGAGGAACCCAAGACUGAAGAGAAUGAAGAUGGGACUGGCUAUGACGAGGCUAGCCUGCCGCGGCCUACCGGUGGGUCUGCGGUUCUUGCAGAAAGCAUUGGGAUUACUCUCGGCGGAGCCGGACGAUUGAAGGAGCCGCCUGCUGUGAAGACGAUGAACAAGUCUUCUUUACUGGCGUAG